ACAGUUAGGUCGGAAGACUCCAAAGACACCCUGCAGUGGUACUGCCGCGAACCAGUGCAUGCAGAACCUGUUAUUAUUCACAAAGAGUCUUUCCAUGUGAAUGAUCUCGGCACGCAGCUCAAACCCGUGAUUCAGCGAUGGAUGACAGACGAGGAACUGAGGAGGUGCAAAGAGUGUGGCAAGGUUGCACCUCCCAAGUAAGUUUAUGAUGGUUCUUCAGGGGCAGUUGUAUAUAUGUACCUACUUCAUUGUACUUUUUUUUGCUGUGAUUCUGUCCGAGUGCUCUGAGCGUAUCGGAGACUCCAGUCGAGCCCCAGCUACAUUGGUGGAGUCUCGGGUUCAAUCGUGGGAGCUGAGCUUCCCUUCGUCCACUGCCAUGUCGUCCUCGUCAUACAACCGCCCGAUCACGCCCCGAUGUUAUAACAUGGAAGAGCUGCCUGACGCGGCAUCGGAACGUGCUCGUCUCCGCGAAAUCUUGUCCAAAUCCGACUCCAGCGAUCUUGGAAGGGAGGAGCAAAUGCUCUUGGAAACGCCGCUGGCCCGACACUUGUUGCGCGGGCUGGCGUAUACGGUUGGAUCAGCACUGGGUUACGAUCCACCGACACGCGAAGAGUGCCUAACUGCGUUCGUCAUUCCAAACAAGGUGGGAUUGACAACUGGUGCAAGGGCGUGGUCGAAGCAUGGCCAUCGAUCGCAGGGCACGCCAGAGCUACGCUCAAGCAGUGCAAACGGGGUUCCGAGCGGUGGUUGGUGGGGAACGCCUUCGGGGUCGGUGGCUGGGAUCAAUGAAAAGGCACUGUCGCUGUUCGGGAGGGUGGUGGAUAACGCAAAAUGGAGGAAUUUGCAUUGGCUGCCACAUCAAGUACUGGUAUACGAAGUGCGGGUCGAGGAGGGGUAUGGAAUGCGUUGGUCGCAGGAUUGGAGCAGUGUGGUGGGACAGGCAGGGAACGUAAAUCCACUACUACAACAAACUACCACUGCUACUACCACGCCUGCUGCAUGGGUCUUCAGGGGAUUUGUAGAGCCCAUGAUGGACGAUGGUCACCAAGUCGGGUGGAGGCACUGACUUUGUAGUGACUGACUAGUACCGAGUAUGGAUGAAAACGCGUGACAGUCGCGUG